AUGAAAACUAUAUUUAGUUUAUUAAUAUUAGUUUUAUUCUCUCUAUAUAUUGUAGCUAAUUCCAAUGAAUUGGAUAUUGAAUCAACUCCACUGACAGAGAAGGAUUAUCAAGAUCAAUUCAGACAAUGGAUGGUCGAAAAUGGAAAAUCCUACACAAAUGAAGAAUUCAUCAAAAGAUUCAAGAAUUUCAAAGAUAAUCUGAUUUAUAUCAACCGUUUCAAUGCUGAAAGUAAAAGAGAUUGUGGAUGUGAUCAUCAUGAAGAUCCUGUCAAGAAAGCUGAAGCGGAAGAAGCAAGAUUAGAAAUGGGUGUGAAUAAAUUCUCGGAUUUGACUUUAGAUGAAUUUAAAGAUCUUAUACUUUCUUCAGUUGAUCCUAACGAUGCACCUCAUGACGAUAGUGAUGAAAAUGACUGUGGAUGCAAUAAAGAUGAUAAACACGGUGCCGAUCAUACAUCUGGUGGAAUACUAUCAAUUGGUGGAAGAAAGAUCUUAUCAACCAAUGAAGUUGAAGAGGUAGAGAAUAUUGAAGAAGUGGAAGCAAUAGAAGCACAAAUGCCAGCAUCAGUUGAUUGGUCAUCACACACUGUCGUAAGAGAUCAAGGUACAUGUGCAAGUUGUUUUGCUUUUGCUGUUGUUGGAGUUCUGGAAGCCAAAUUAUCAAUCAAAUUCGAUAGAAAAGCAGAUCUCUCUGAACAAAAUCUACUUGAUUGUACUAAGGGUGCAACAUGUAAAGGAGGAUUCCCUUUAAAUUGUUUCAAGUAUAUCAAAAACCGAGGUAUCAAUUCUGAAGCUACCUAUCCAUACACAGACGAGCAAGGAGAAUGUCAGUUCAAUUCAAACAAGGUUGCUGCAAAAAUCAAAGAUUUUAAAUUAAUACCCAAUGGAAAAGAGUUCCAAAUUACCCAAAGUCUGAGAUUUGCACCCGUAAGCAUUAGUUUUGAUUGUAACGCACCUCAAUUUAUGAAUUAUAAAAAAGGAAUCAUUAAAACAACAGAGUGUUCAAAAACUAAAACAAACCAUGCCGUUGUUUUAGUUGGAUAUGGUACAACAAAUGGUGUUAAAUACUUUAAGGGAAAGAAUUCAUGGGGAACAGGAUGGGGUGAAAAAGGAUUUUUCAGAAUUCAAAGAGGUGUUAAUAUGUGUGUUAGUUUUUUGAAGGAUAACAUUGAUAUCAUUUGUUUCAGUUUAGUUUGUAAGAGAUGGUACAACGAUAGAGAUAAAUAUUUAAUAUUCAACACUGAUAAUAUCAACAUAUUUUCAGUUAACACCAAUGAUAUCAAUCAAAAUCAUAAUCAUUUCAAAUUACCAUCAUAUAACAAUAUCUUUAUGAAAUCAAUUCAAUCAAAGAUUGAUUUUACACUCGUUAUUGGUUACAACAAAUAUCAUAUUUACGAUUAUCAAUAUGGUAAAUAUCGUUAA